AUGCAGCUGUUCAGCGCCCAAAUUGCAGUAGCCGGCUUGCGCCGAACCAAUCGUGCUCGGCUAUGGGCUAUGCGUAAAAAUGGUUACUCAAGCCAGGUGGAAUAUAAGCCGAUCCGCUCUGUAUUGGUUGCGAAUCGCGGCGAAAUCGCAAUCCGUGUGUUUCGUGCCUGCACGGAGCUAGGAAUCCGUUCGGUGGCCGUGUACUCGGAACAGGACAAGAUGCACAUGCACCGUCAGAAAGCAGAUGAAUCAUACAUUGUGGGUAAAGGACUUGCCCCGGUGGAAGCGUACUUGAGCAUUCCGGAAAUCAUUCGAGUGUGCAAGGAAAACGAUGUUGAUGCCGUACAUCCCGGAUACGGAUUUUUGUCAGAGCGGUCCGACUUUGCUCAAGCAGUAAUUGACGCCGGUUUGCGCUUCAUCGGCCCCUCACCAAAGGUUGUACAACAAAUGGGCGACAAAGUCGCCGCACGUAAAGCUGCCAUCGAAGCGGGUGUUCCAAUCGUACCCGGUACGGAUGGGCCAGUCACCACCAAAGACGAAGCAGUUGAGUUUUGUCGUAAGCAUGGGCUUCCUGUCAUCUUCAAGGCUGCCUACGGUGGAGGUGGUCGAGGUAUGCGCGUUGUCCGCAAAAUGGACGAAGUUGAGGACAACUUCAUGCGUGCCAGCUCCGAAGCAAAAGCUGCCUUCGGCAACGGUGCAAUGUUCAUAGAGAAAUUCAUCGAACGUCCUCGCCAUAUCGAGGUGCAGCUGCUCGGUGACAAAGCCGGUAACGUCGUACACUUGUACGAGCGUGACUGUUCCGUGCAGCGACGACACCAGAAAGUGGUGGAGAUUGCCCCCGCUCCUCGUUUACCUAUUGAAGUAAGAGACAAAAUGACGGAAUAUGCUGUCCGCUUGGCACGGCACGUGGGCUACGAAAACGCUGGCACAGUCGAGUUUCUAUGUGACGAGUCUGGCAACUUUUAUUUCAUCGAAGUCAACGCACGACUGCAGGUGGAGCACACCGUGACCGAGGAGAUCACCGGUAUCGACCUGGUGCAGUCACAGAUACGAGUGGCUGAAGGUAUGACGUUACCUGAACUUGGCUACACACAGGAAAACAUUAAACCCCAAGGAUAUGCGAUCCAGUGUCGAGUUACAACGGAGGAUCCUGCGAACGAUUUCCAACCAAACACGGGCCGUCUGGAAGUAUUCCGUUCCGGUGAAGGUAUGGGCAUUCGACUAGACAGCGCUUCAGCGUACGCAGGUGCUAUUAUUUCGCCGUAUUACGAUUCUCUGCUGGUGAAAGUGAUAUCGCAUGCGUCCGAUUUGCAAUCAUCCGCCGCGAAGAUGAACCGUGCUUUGCGCGAGUUCCGUAUACGCGGUGUUAAAACAAACAUUCCGUUCCUGCUGAACGUGCUGGAAAAUCAAAAGUUUCUGAACGGUGUGCUUGACACGUACUUCAUCGAUGAGCAUCCACAAUUGUUCCGCUUUUCCAAGUCGAAAAAUCGUGCCCAAAAGCUUCUUAACUACCUCGGCGAGGUGUUGGUAAAUGGUCCCACUACACCAUUAGCCACGAAGCUAAAACCCGCCGAAGUUCAACCCCACGUUCCUCACCUGCCAUUGGACCUGUCGCCGGAAGCACUGGCCGAGGAGGAAGAGGGUAUAAGAAAAGUUACAGAGCCACCGCGCGGUUUCAAACAAAUUCUGCAGGAGCAAGGCCCAGAAGGAUUUGCAAAGGCGGUGCGACAGCAAAAAAAUCUUCUCCUCAUGGACACGACGUACCGUGAUGCUCAUCAGUCCCUGCUAGCCACCCGUGUGCGGACGCAUGAUUUGUUGAAAAUAUCACCGUUUGUGGCGCACAAAUUCAACAACCUCUACUCGCUCGAGAACUGGGGAGGUGCAACAUUCGACGUGGCUCUUCGCUUUUUGCAUGAGUGUCCUUGGGAACGGUUAGAGGAAAUGCGAAAACAGAUACCUAACAUUCCCUUCCAGAUGUUGCUGCGCGGUGCAAAUGCUGUCGGAUAUACGAACUAUCCAGAUAACGUGGUUUACAAGUUUUGUGAACUCUCGGUUCAAUGCGGUAUGGACAUAUUCCGAGUGUUUGAUUCAUUGAACUACCUGCCAAACUUGAUCCUCGGCAUGGAAGCGGCUGGUAACGCUGGUGGUGUAGUGGAGGCUGCAAUCUCUUACACUGGCGACGUAAGUGAUCCGAAGAAGACCAAAUACGACCUGAAGUACUACACGAACCUAGCAGAUGAGCUAGUCAAAGCUGGCACGCACGUGCUGUGCAUUAAGGAUAUGGCAGGAUUACUUAAACCUCAGGCAGCACGGUUGUUGAUAUCUGCUAUUCGUGAAAAACAUCCCGAUGUGCCUAUUCAUAUUCACACUCACGAUACUUCCGGUGCGGGUGUCGCUUCAAUGCUAGCCUGCGCAGAAGCUGGAGCAGAUGUGGUCGAUGUCGCUGUCGAUUCGAUGUCGGGAAUGACAUCCCAGCCCAGUAUGGGUGCAGUGGUUGCAUCUCUUCAGGGAACCGGACUCGAUACCGGCAUGCAGCUGUCGGAUAUCAGCGAAUAUUCUGCCUAUUGGGAACAAACGCGUACGCUGUACGCUCCCUUCGAGUGCACGACGACAAUGAAAUCGGGCAAUGCCGACGUGUAUAUGAACGAGAUCCCCGGAGGGCAGUAUACGAAUCUGCAGUUCCAGGCUUACUCACUUGGAUUGGGCGAUUUCUUCGAGGACGUUAAAAAAGCGUACCGUGAGGCAAAUCUUCUGCUUGGGGACAUCAUCAAAGUGACGCCUUCUUCCAAGGUUGUGGGCGAUUUGGCCCAAUUCAUGGUUCAGAAUCAUCUAACAGCCGAACAGGUGCUGGAGCGGGCAGAGGAGCUUUCAUUCCCCAAAUCGGUGGUUGAGUUUCUUCAGGGAGCCAUCGGAACCCCACAUGGCGGUUUUCCUGAGCCGCUGCGAUCUCGCGUGCUAAAAGAUAUGCCACGCAUAGAGGGACGCCCGGGAGCGCAGCUAGCGCCACUCGAUUUCGAUGUACUGAAAAAAUCGCUCCAAGAAUCUCACCCCGAUGUGCAGGAUCGUGAUGUUAUGUCAGCGGCACUCUACCCACAAGUGACAAACGAUUUCCUAAACUUCCGCGAUUCUUUCGGUCCGGUUGAUAAGCUGGAUACGCGCGUUUUCCUCACCGGACCUAAGGUGGGCGAAGAAUUCGAGGUAUCCAUCGAGAAGGGCAAGACACUCGGAUUUAAAACACUGGCCAUGGCCGAAGAUCUAACCGCCAACGGUGAACGUGAGGUGUUCUUCGAGCUCAACGGUCAGCUACGGUCGGUACUGAUCCGAGACAAGGAAGCAGUGAAAGAGCUGCACAUACAUCCAAAGGCAAAUAAGGGCAACAAGAACGAAGUUGGUGCCCCAAUGCCGGGCUCUGUUAUCGAAAUCAAAGUAAAAGUUGGUGAUCACGUUGAAAAAGGUCAACCACUGGUGGUGCUGUCGGCGAUGAAAAUGGAAAUGGUUGUCCAAUCACCGCGGGCCGGUGUUGUAAAAACGCUGGAAAUUAAUAACGGCAUGAAGUUAGAGGGCGAGGACCUGCUGCUAACAUUGGAAUAAGAAAGCAUAGCCAAAAUCUGCCUUUAAAUCGCGCUACUUACCCUUCAGAACUAGUGGCUUAAUCCAACGCUCAAACAAUCAACAACGGCGGCAGUACUUGGCUCAGUGAUCUAAUCCUGUUCAAAUGGCUAAAUGUGUUCAAUAGUCGAUUGUCAAUAUGUUUUUUUUUUGUAAAUUGCAAUUUGUCCAGUCUAUCACAGGUUCGCUUAACCGACGAUAUCGCUUAACCAUCUUAAGAUCCGCCAACUCAGCUAUAUUGAUAUACAUAUAUACAUAUGGAAGAGAAAAUUUAAAAUUUAAGAGCAAAGCUCGCUUUCAUGCGGACAUUUUUGGAUGAACUUUUCAUAAAGCCAUUAUCAUCCAUUCUGUUAUAUCUAUUUUUGUUGAUAUUUACAAGCAAACAAACUAUUGUUACGUUUUUCUUCGGGAAAGGGAUGGCAAAUAUAUGUGUACUACACGGAUUAUGUUGUUAAUAAGAUAAUCUUUUAAUAGCCC